AUGCCCGUUCAGUACUCUCCCGAGGACACCAAUCGCCUGAGCGGUCCUCGCGUGGGAGCCGACUCGUUGCCGAGCCUCGCCGUACUUCGAGGGCGUCGAACCCGUGCCAGAAACGCCCUCCAGACCGAAAUUGAGACACUGACGGUUUUCCAGUGCAUCGACAACAGCAAUCGACUCGCGAUCCUCAGCGCGAGGUCCAGAGUCGACGGCCGCCUCGACGUGGUCCGCCGGGUGUGCGAAGAAAUCUCGCGUCAUCCCCUCCUCCCUGAAGCUGAUGCAGAGCGGGAGUCCGAGGAAGCUGAGUCUGCGAUCGAGUUAGGCCUCACCGCCAAGAGAAUCAUCGACGGCUUGCUUGCGAUAGAGCUUCUCGAAAAAUCGGCUACAGCCUCGGCCGUCUCGAGCUGCCGCGCCGACGCAGCGGCUGACGAGAUCGUCGGACAGGUGCAUGUCUCCGGUGAGCGAUUACCUGCCGACGACGGCGGAAACCAAAUUUCGAGAGUGAGCGCGCGUGUUGACAGUUCGGAAACAACAAACGGUGCGCGAUCUUCAUCAGUAUCUGCGAGCAGCAACUGCGCCAAUCCGAGACUCUAUCUUGACACUACUCCAGAGGUAUUCGACGGGUCAGUCUCGCGCUAUAAGUUAUGGCGCUCCCAGUUCAUGAAUUACGUCCGCCGAAGAACAGAAGCUACUGACAGCGACAAGUUGGUGGCCAUGUGUAAACAUCUCUCCGGCGCACCGAAGAGCCUGAUCUGCGAGCUGCCAUUGAUCGAUAGCAACUUCGAAGUCGCCCUACGAUUGCUAGACGAUAACUACAGUGUUCCGGAGCUCAGACAGCAGGAGGUGAUCAAUCAUACCACCCGAGUGCCACUCGCUCGGAACCCGAAUGAUACCGCAGGAUUGCGUGAGCUCCUGAACGAUACGCAGCGAACCAUACUCGCUCUGGAGGGUGUCAAUGUGCCGUUGCAGAGUAUUGCCCUAACGUACGAGCAAACAAUCCGCAACGCUCUACCGGUGAACCUAGUGUUGAACUUCGAAGAUCGGCAGCAGGACGUUCUCCCUACCGACAGUUCCGCGGACGAAAAUCAGGCUGCCGCCGCAGCGCGAAGAUUAGAAGACCUCCUCGCCUUCCUCAGGAGAUACACCGUCCUGCGAGAACGGAAGACGUCGACCCAACAGCGAAGUACUGUCGGGGAUCAAGCCGAGCCGACAUCGUCUGAUCACAGGAGGUCCAAGUCCCGUGUACUUCCUAGGAAUCCUCCUCGCCCGCCUCCACCUUUCACCGCAGCUGCUGCCGCAAGGAACACUCCUCGCAGAGCGCGCAAAUCUCGCGAGAGCCCAUGCCUAUUCUGUGGCAGCUCCGAACAUCGACCGUCCACUUGCACCGCUGAAAUCACAAUGAGUCAACGUUUGGAAACUCUCGCACAGCGCCGACGGUGUGUGAGGUGCUUUCAGUUCGAGCAUCCACCAUCCCGUCGAUGUACGGGACCCAAAGAGCCUUGUCGAAAGUGUAACAGCUCAGAGCAUUACACGGUCAUGCAUGAACAGUCUGGCGGUCAGGCGAACCCUCGAACAACGGCCAGUAUUCUACAAACUGUCGCAGCCGCCUCAAGCGCUCGCUCCGUCGUCAUGACCGCUAGCGCAUUCGUCAUCUUCGGACGUUCGAGGAUCAGGAUCCGAUGCUUCUUCGACAGCGGGUCAAUGGUCUCCUUCGUUACCAGCAAGCUGAUUCGCCAGCUUCCGGGCAUCCCACCAGAGGCUCGCGUCGACCUAAAUCUACAGGCUUUCGAUAGCCAACACGCCAUCACCACGAAUCGUUACGCUCUCCGGCUGGUGGGUGCUCGCGACGAGUGCGAGUCGAUCGAGAUUCACGCCCACGAGUAUGAUUUCGGUGUCGACCCUCCAUCUAACUGCUCGGACCAAAUGCGACAACUCAUUCGGCAUUUCGGAGUGACGCAUCCGCUGGCCGACCCAUCCAUCAUCGAUCACGUCGACGAUGCUGCUCCUGAUCUGUUGAUUGGAGUAGACCAAAUGUACAAGAUUCUUCACCUGAACAAGGAAGCCGUAAUCGAUGGGAACUUGAUCGCCAAAUCCUCGAGAUUCGGUUGGCUGAUCUCCGGCUCUUACGGACCCAAUUCGACUCGCGGCGAUGUAGUCCGAGUCCAGCCCAUCUGCUGCGCAGCUACGAUGUCUCAGCCUGCGGAAGAUCUCGAGCGUCUUUGGAAAUUGGAGGCGAUCGGGCCCGCCGAAUCCGCGGAAAGCGACCUGAACGAAGCCGACCAUGAGGCACUCCGACAGUUUGGGGAUAGCAUCGCAUACGACGGUCAACGUUACACUGUCGCUAUGCCAAAACGUGAUUCCAUUGAACAGCUGUCGAACAAUCUCGAAACUGCUCUCUUUCGUUUAUCGGCGAAACGCCGCGCACUAACGCGCGAUCCCGAGUCCCUGGAUCGAUACGAUAGAGAAAUCAUGGCCUUCGUUCGAGCAGGUCAUGCGGAGGAAGUCUUCGAUGCCGAUCUGACAGCUCCAAGCGCUCGGGACCACCGAUUCUACUUGCCGCAUAGACAAGUCAUAACCCAGAGAGAAGAUGGGGACAAAUGGAGGAUCGUUUUCGAUGGAUCUUCCUCAGCAGCCGGCGAGACAUCGCUCAACUCUCAUUUAUUGGCCGGCCCAAAUCUGAAUCCAGACAUUCUGCGACUCCUUUUCAACUUCCGACUUCGAGCAGUGGCCCUCUCAGCUGACAUCGUACAGGCUUACAUGACCAUUGACCUUGCUGCUGAGGAUCGCCCCCUCUUCCGUUUCCUGUGGCAGGGACCCAAGGAUACAAGAGUUCGCUGUUUCCAAUUUCGAAGGGUACCCUGGGGCGCCACACCCAGUGGAUUUUUGCUCGCCGCCGUUCUGCGCGAACAUUUCAGGCGGAUCGAUCCGACGUUAGCCUACGAUUUGGGUAGCUCGUUCUAUUUCGACGAUAUGCUCCGCAGUUUCGACUCAGAAGCAGAAGCGAUCCAGUUCUGCGACAAAAUCAUGGAUUGGAUGCAAUCAGCGAGCAUGAGUCUCGGGAAAUGGAAGUCCAACUCGCGGGGCGUCAUCGACCAUCUCAGGACUCGAUCGAUCCUCUCGAGAUCAUCCGCCGUCUUGGUCGAGACUGGACUACUCCGGGUCCUGGGCAUCGCUUGGGCUCCGGAGAGCGACCAGUUCCAGUUUCAAAUGUCGGAUGUCAGCCGGCUUGCGGGGGCGGGGAAGACCGCCACCAAGCGGCAGGUGCUUCGCGUGGUCGCUUCGAUCUUUGACCCGGUCGGCUGGUUGAUUCCCUUCACACUUCGAGGCAAGCUACUUGUCCAGCGACUGUGGUCACAGACGCUUCGAUGGGACGAUCCGCUCUCCGGUCCCCUGCUCGACGACUUCCGGGAAUGGGUGGCCGAGAUCCCGACCCUAUCGCGCCUUCGAAUCCCUCGUUUGUAUGGGGAUCCUGGCAGAGGAGUCAUCGGAUAUCAACUCCAUGUGUUCGGCGACGCCAGCGAGGAAGCGUAUGCUGCCGCCGCCUACCUCCAGACCUUGUACGCCGACGGAGGCAGUGGCUGUUCACUCCUGAUGUCCAAGUCCCGCGUGGCUCCUAAAGAGAAGGUCUCGAUUCCCCGACUCGAAUUGUUGGCUGCCUUGCUCAGCUCUCGUCUAGGAGCUUUCGUCACCGAGAGGCUGGGAGCGAAACUCGAUAGGACGACCUACUACACCGAUUCAGCGGUCACUUACUAUUGGUGUAUCGCAGAAGAACCCACCAGGUGGAAAACUUGGGUCUGCAACAGAGUCACCGAGAUCCAGAAGCUUACUUCUUCGAAACAGUGGUUUCACGUCGAGGGGAAGCAUAAUGUCGCUGAUAUCGCAUCUCGGGGUACGUCCGCUCAGGAUCUUCUCUCGAACCCGGAGUGGUUUGGAGCUCCCUCGUGGCUGUCUGAACCUGAGGACCAUCGACCGGUAAAGCGCCUGCGGGCCGGUUGUGACAAUACGGAUUCCAUUAGUAAGGAACUCCGAUUAGUAGUCACUCCCGCAGUCGUUGCGCCUGAAUUGGUAGAUCUUCAGCGAUUCAGUAGCUGGGAAAAAUCGCUCAGGGUAGUGGCGAACGUGCUUCGAUUCGUUCGGCGUUGCCGCCGCCGUAACGUUGGCGACUCCGUCGGGGAGGCCGAAUUACGGUCGCAGUCCGAGCUACUCCUCAUCAAAUGGACUCAGUCUGCCUACUUUGCGAACGAGAUCACGGCCACUCUGGCUCACGAGAGACCUACGAGAUCAUCAAAGCUCACGUUAUAUCGGCUACAUCUGGAUGAUAACGGGCUCCUUCGAGCUCAGUCUCGACUCACUGCUGCCAAUCAUUUCACAUAUGACGAGAAAAAUCCCAUCAUCAUUCCGGGCGAGAGCAGACUCGCUACCCUGCUUAUAUUACAUCAUCAUCGACUCAAUGCCCACAUGGGCGUAAGCACGAUUCUUAACGCCUUACGACGACGUUUCUGGAUCCUGCGCGGUCGCCAGGUCAUCAAGAGGCUUCUUCGAGGUUGCGUUGUCUGCAAUCGAGCGCAGGGACCCGGCGCUGAUCAGGUUCAGGCUCCUCUGCCGCUCGAGAGAGCCUCAUUGGUCGCUCCGUUCACCGUGACCGGCGUCGAUUUCUGUGGACCCUUUCACACCCGUUCCCGAGAAGGUCCCGUGAAAAAUUACAUCGCGCUUUUCACCUGCACCAGCAUCCGCGCUCUACACCUCGAACUGGUCCCGGUCAUGUCGACGCUCCAGACUCAUCUUGCCUUGCGCAGAUUCCUCGCGGAACACCAAUCGUGUCGCAAGUUCAUCUCCGAUAACGGUCGCUCCUUUGUCCGCGCCGCAGCGGAUAUUCGUCGACUCUUCAGCGAGAUCCGUAAUCCUCAAGUUCGGGAAUUUCUCGCUCAACAUCGUAUCGAAUGGGUUUUCAAUUGUCCCCGGGCCAGUUGGAGAGGCGGGUUUUUUGAACGUCUCGUCGGCGUUACCAAGAGAUGUUUGAUCAAAACUCUUGGCCGUUGCCUCGUCAGCUCAGAGGAGCUACGUACCAUAAUUCGCGAGUUAUCGGCCACGAUAAACGAUCGACCGCUCUCGUAUGUUUGUGACGACCCGAGGGAGAUGCGAGCCAUCACUCCUUCCCAUUUUCUUCACGGAGGGCCACUCGAGUCCCCUCUCUGUGCGCGAUUUCCUCUAGACAGCUUGGGGCCGAACGGGAGUGUUCCGGACAUGCCACCAGGUGCAGAAGUGCUACGCAGAGCCUUGCUGGAGCGGACCAAUUACUUCAAAUCCCUCUCUUCGCGCUGGCGUCAGGAAUACAUGUUGCUUCUACGCUCGGCGAACCUCGAUCGAAAGGGAAAACCUCGCCCGCUGACCGAUGAUUCUAUCUGCCUGCUAAAAGAAGACACCAUUCCAAGGUCGAAAUGGCACAUGGUUCGUGUACUUCGAGGCCAUCCCGGCCGUGAUGGCGCAGUACGAACAUACUCCGUACGUUUCUCGAACGGCUUUGAGAGUAGACGAGCUGCCCAAACGCUCAUUCCCUUAGAAGUACCUGACCGAAUCGACGAAGAGACUCCUGCAGUGUAA